AAAAACAAAAGGCAAUUAAUAACUGCAAAUCUCCAUCGAGGGGAGGGAAGUCUCUGAAUAAUUCCGGCCAUCAUCAUCAAUUCAUCAUCUAUUCAUCUCGUCGUCAUUAAUAACAAACUCCAAUUAUAUAAACAAUUUUAAAAGAAAAGGAUAAACAACGACAGAUACAUAACCAUAUAUCUUUGAGUUCGUUUGCACAUAUACACAAUUGAAAUCGGUGCCUUGGUGGUGAAGUUGAAGGGAAUUAGGGUUAAUCAAAUGCUCUUUGUCUGUCAUCGAUCAUCGUCAUCAGGAUGCCACCGCAUACAUUGACGCCUCGCAGCUCCGCUUAUCUCACCGCUCUUACUCAGGAGAUCGAGAAAAAACUUCAACGAGGAAUAGCUUCCCCGACGCUGAGUCGCAAUUUACUGCAAGAACUCUUUCAGGACAUUGCUUUAGAAGUUGAUGAUCGUGCUAAAGAUAUAAUUCUUAGCAAUGAAGAGCUAGCUUCUAUUGAAGAAGAGAGGACGGAGGGUCCAUUAUGCUUUUAUGAAGUGCUUGCGGAUCAUUUUGUCUGGGUACCUAAGAAUGGAGAACCUAUUCUUGAUCUGAUUGUGAAACUCUGGAGCCAAGCAUUUGCGUCUCAUAUAUUCUCCCUUCUCUUUCACAAAUGGUUAUUUGAAGUUCAAAUUGAUAAUGCUGAUGUCCUCCUUCGCUACUCAUCAGCUCUUGUUCAAGGAGCCACAAAUGUUUUCUGGAUUGAUGUCCAGACAAACACAAGACACUUCCAUAGUCUCUUUCGGUAUCUUCUUGAAGAAGUUGCUUUGGUGCCUGAACGGCUAAAGAAAAUUCCAUUACAGGCACAACGUGAUCUAUUUCUUCUGCUGUCAAGGUUCAUUUUCCUGUACAACAUGGUUGACAAGAUUGAAAGUUUUUUAAAGAAAUUUCCAGAAUUCCCAAAUGCUUUCUUGAUUGGGGGUCCAGCAGAUAUCUUUGUAAUUGAGCUAACUGAUCAACUCUUGAAAUUAAAGGUGGAACCGGUGCUGCUACACUACCUGUCCCACAUCAAAGCUCUACAGGGUAUGGAAUUGAGAAUGGCUACAAGUACUCGACUGAAGACUUGCUUGUAUAGCUUCACUUCUCCAGGUGGUCCGAUGUAUCCAACAAGAGCUGUUCGUCAUGCUGCAUGGGUUGCAUUGGACUUGUUAUUCCCUGUUGGGCAGUAUCCCCGACAUGUUAUCAGUCUCUUCUUCCGGUUGUUGUAUCCAUGGUACUGGCCGUCGUCCUGCUGGAACUUUGUAAUAUCGUGCGUACAGGCGGUGUUUUAUUCUGUGCUAAGGUUGCUUUUCUCUAGUUGGGAUAGGUUGACCAAAACGAGGCAGGCCUAAAUAUGUAGACAGUUGAAGCUUGAACCAACAGUAAAAUGUUAUCAGGCCAUGAUUCUGAAACUUAACUAAAAGUUUGUACUUUGAUGUAAAUCUGUAUGAUUUCUUUUAUACUUUCGUCUUAAAAGUGAAUAGUUGUCUUGAAAAUACCUGUGGCAGACAACCUGCGGAUUCCUGUCAUCGACAGCAACAGUGUUCUAAUCUUAAGCUUGUUGGCUGUUUGCCAUAAAAUGUUUCUUAAAAAUAUCACUCAUCCAGGGUUUGUUUGGGUGUUGGAGAACUUUUUAUUUUGU